AUGAAGACAAAAGCUCAGAUGGCUCUAAUGAUUUUGAGACAUCAAUAUAAACGAGCUAUUGAACUUAAGAAAAGAGUCUGGAAAAUAGACUUUUAUACAGCCUGUUUAUGUAUUAUAGGUAUAAUUGUUGGGGUUGUUCUUUUAGUUUUAAAAGAAAGUCUUACGGAUUUAAAUUCAAUUAUAAGCAUUACCGUGUCUUCUGCUAGUUCUCUCGUUUCUGGAAAUUCAGAUUUUGAUCUUGAGAAAGAGAUUAAAGGUCCUGAUUUCGAUAAUCUUGCAGAACCUGCUGCUCUAAUUGUGGAAUCCGAAUUAAUAUCAAAGAAUAACGAAACAACAAAAUUGGAAGCGGCUCAAUCUCUUUAUGCGUUCCUUGGUUGUAUUGCUCUUUUAGGUAUUGCGGGAUAUGAUUUUUUUAAUUUUGUUACUGGACGAUCUAAUGGAAUUUAUGUGGAUAUUGCCCUUAUUAUUCUUGGUGUCAUUGGUCUUUUAUACUGUUUACGAGCAUUGGAACUAAAGAGGUUUCGUUUUUCACGUAUAGAAGAAGAAAAAAUUUUAUAUCAUCUUAAAGGUUUAAAGGAGCAAUUUUGUUUGCACAAGUACAAGACCUAG